UGGUGUGAGGACGUCUAAGGAGGGUUCCCGUACCUCUGGAUAACUGCCGUGUCUUGAGGUAACUUACGUGUCCACAUCGUCACUGACGGAGUAAACAUAACGUGGCGGGAUGGAGUUAGCCACUGAGCGGCCGCCCUCCUACAGCCAGGUCCCCUCCGCAGCCUCCAGCCUCUCUGAAUUUAACGAGAUGUGGCUGGACCUGGAGUCUGUGUUGCUGGACGAGACCCGCUCUGACAUGUUCCCAGGGGGCGCCUCUCCCAUGUCUUACCCCCCUACGCCGCCCAUCCCUGAGUGUGAGCAGGACGUGUGUGCUACCCAACAAAAGUGUGGCGUUGCUCCACUGCCGCCCAUAGCCUCCGCCUUCUCCUCUGCUAAGAACGACUUCGAACAGGUGGUGCCUCAGCUGCCUCACCACAGGCACCAGCGUCAACACCACCAAUACCACCACCAACAACAAGAGCAGUAUGGUUGUGUGGCGGCCGGAGGUGUGUACUCUGGCUACCACUACCACUACCCACACCCUGCAGCUAUGGCCACCCCUUACACUACUACCCACACCGCCCACGACCCCCAUACUACUUCCCAAAUUCCCCACACUUCCGCCCACGCUGCCUACACCACCGCCCACGCUGCGUAUACCACCACCCAGGCUACUCCCAAUACAACUCCGGCCAUCAACCACCCCACCCACACCACCGCCCACACCGCCGCCCACGCGACCUUUGGCACCCUGUAUCAGUACUGGGGAGGCUCGGGCGUGGUCUUGACGCCACCGUCGUCACCUCACGCCCCAGGCAUCGUGGCCGCACCAGUGCUGUGUCCUCCCGCGCUGCCGCCCUCCACCACGCCCACACCCCCACGUCCACGGAGACGACGCGCCCGGAGACGAGUCAUCAUCCACAACUGCCCACAUCCCGGCUGCGUCAAGACCUACACGAAGUCGUCCCACCUGAAGGCGCACCUGAGGACCCAUACGGGGGAGAAGCCCUACACCUGUAAGUGGAAAGGCUGUGGGUGGAAGUUCGCCAGGUCGGACGAACUGACUCGCCACUACCGUAAACACACUGGCGAUCGUCCCUUCCAGUGUAGACUGUGUGAGAGAGCCUUCUCCCGCUCUGACCAUCUGAGUCUGCACAUGAAGCGGCACAUAGCUCUCUGAUCUGACUCAUGAAGCGGCACAUAGCUCUCUGAUCUGACUCGUGAAGCGGCACAUAGCUCUCUGAUCUGACUCAUGAAGCGGCAC